UCAUGCCUCAUCUUUUUACACAGGGAGGUAGAGAGAGGGAAUACGUAAUGGUUUGAUUCCCUUUGCCCUUGCAAUGGUCGUCAUUCUGCUAUUACUUGGCAAAUUCCUCAACCGGGAGUUGCAAUGAAGGCGGGGGCGUCCUCGAUGUGGGCGUCAUGCUGUGGGUUGCUGAACGAGGUGAUGGGGACCGGGACGGUCCGGGCCCAGCCGCCGGGCUUCGGGGCCGGGGCCGGGCCCUUCCGCUUCGCCCCUAGCGCCGGGUACUCCACCUACCCCCCCACCAGCUCAGGGAGCGCGGGGCAGCUCUGCAAGGCCUGCGGACUGGCCUUCUCCGUCUUCAGACGCAAGCACAUCUGUUGCGACUGCAAGAAGAGCUUCUGCGCGCCGUGCUCGGUGCUGCAGGAGAACCUCCGCUGCUGCUCCACCUGCCACCUGCUGCGCAGCACGGCCUUCCAGCGGCCCCGCCUCAUGCGGCUGCGCGUCAAGGAGCUGCGGCAGUACCUGCUGCUGCGCAACAUCCCCACCGACACCUGCCGCGAGAAGCAGGACCUGGUGGACCUGGUGCUCUGCCACCAGGGGGCCGGAGACACGCCCGGACCCCUGGAGGAGGAGGACGAGGACGAGGAGGAGGAGGAGGCGGAGGAGUUGGCGGCGUUGGAGGAGGAGGAGGAGGAGGAGGCGCGGGAGUUGGAGGAGGAGCUUGAGGCGGUGCUUGAGGAGGUGCUUGAGGAGGAGGAGGAGGAGGAGGAGGAGGAGGAGGGGGAGCCGGGGGAGGUGGACAUGGACAGUGUGCGCUCGCUGCCCCCCUCGGUGCACGCCUCCCCGCCCCUGUCGGCCGUCCCGUCGGUGUCGGGGUCUCCCGGGAGGCUGAGCCCCAGCAGCAGCUAUGUGACGGCCAGCCAGGGGCACGGGAGCACUCCCACCGUUUCCCUGCUCAACCUGGAGGAGACUGAACACAUCAUGGAGGUGAGCCCGGCCACCCAGAGAAGGAUCCGGGCGUCGCUGUCCGACCUGGACACGGAGGAGGCCAUCGAGAUGCUGACGGUACGCCAGCUGAAGGAGAUCCUGGCCCGCAACUUCGUCAACUACUCGGGCUGCUGUGAGAAGUGGGAGCUGCUGGAGCGCGUCCACCGACUGUACAGAGAGAACCUGCAGAACAGGAAAUCCAUGGAGAAUGUCAGCAACCCUAUAACAGCAGUUGUAGCCUAUCCCCCAUCCAUCUGCAACAGUGGCGUUGGAGACGGCGUGCGCUCUCCGCUGGCGUCGGACGAGAACCUGUGUCGCAUCUGCAUGGACGCCGUCAUCGACUGCGUGCUGCUGGAGUGCGGUCACAUGGUCACGUGCACCAAGUGCGGCAAGCGCAUGAGCGAGUGCCCCAUCUGCAGGCAGUACGUGGUGCGCGCCGUGCACGUCUUCAAGUCCUAGGCCGACCGAGCACAAAACCCAUCCCCAAACGGGACAGAAACGGCCGCCGCUACCGCCGCCACGCCACGGCGUCGUCGGACCCCCCGGGGGUCACACGUUGAAGCCGUGAGCUGAUUGGUUAGAAUUAGCAUGUCCACUUGGUCCAACCCCAACCCCCCACACUUCCCUGAUCUCUUAGGGUUUGGGGCGGAUGAAACGAAAUUGCCUAAAGAUCAUCCCCUUGUUUUUUCUGAUUCCAAAUCUAUUCCCAGUUCCGCUCCCCCUCUACUCCAUUCCUACUGGCCGACACUGCAGUUGACUGUCAUUGGCUGCACUGGGACACUCCCACUUUUUGCUCGGCAGUCUCUGGAACAGUCGGACCUCACGCCACUGUACUGUGGAAGACGCAGCGCGGCGUUUGGGAUCUCACCUCUGUUGUUGUUCUAGAUGACACGUCCCCAUGGGACAAUUGAAGUGGAUCUGUUGUUGUUGUGCUUGUUGUUGUUGUUGUUGGCGAGGAGAAGAGGACAACGGUAUUCCCGUGGGUUGGAUGGAAGUGGACAUAGUUUACACGUUCAUGUCCACUCUGUGUGCCCCCUUCCCCCUCUGUGUUGUCCAAAUGUUUCAAUAUAAAAAACGGCGACGCACACUUGUGUGUGUGUUUCAAACUGUCAUGUGUCUAGACUUGAAUCACCAUGUACCCGGUGAGGGCCAAACUCCAUGCCUUCAGACAACUAACAUUUGUAGUUUCUUUGUACGUUUUCCGAUAUAUGCAUCUCAUGACCAGCAAGCACCAUAAGAUAGUUGAUAUGUGUUUAUAUUUAUUUUUAUUUAAACCCUUUGGAUUCAAUCUCGUCAAUUCCUUUUUUUCUAUAUGCUAUUGCUCAGUUAACUAUGUUUAUUAACGGUUAAUCUGGUUAAUUUAGCUUGAUUGCUUUACAUUGCGCUGUUGGUUCUCUUUCACAUUUUAUUUAUGAUCAGAUGCCCUGAUGUAAAAGCCUACGUUUUCUUUUUAUUAUUUUCAUUUACACCAAGCAAUGCCAUCGUACUCGAGGUGUCUAAAGUAUGUAAUCUGUUUGUGUUGUCCAUUCGUGUUUCCAAACUACUAUCGGUAUCAAAGUAGGUGCUUUUUAAAACUCCGUCUUCUGAGAUUAUGAAUUAUAUCUAUAUUAUAGUUUUUUUGUCAUGUUGUCGAGAUUGUCUCAUACUUUGAAAGAGGGGGGCAGAUUCCCCAACACCUGGUUUACGUUAACCUGUUUAUGCAAUUUUAAGAUUUGUUUUUGUCAUAAGAUCAAGUUUACUUAAAUGUUUUUUCAAAAAAAAUUCUAUUUAUGACUUGCGGCAUGUUGACAUAAGACCAAUGCUUAUUUCUGUUGAGUGAAUCGCAUUGGUAGAUCGGUGUUUACUGAUAAGUUAUUAAAUGUAUACGUUUUUUUUCCAAUUUUCUUCGGGAGACCUAUAACAUGUUUUUCCAAUGUUGAAUUAGCAUAGAAGAUAGAAGAAAGAAAAAAAGAAACAAGCAUCAGAAUGUAUUCCCCUGAGUUAGACGAGAUGGGUUUGUUGCCGUUAUGUCAUGCAUCGCAUUUUUUCUGAGGCGACAUCGGAAAAUUGCAUCAGAUGCUUUUUUCGUUUUCCCGUUAGUUCCGUUCCUAGUCCACUACAAAAGGUGACUACUUGUCCAACAACGCACAGUGUUAGCCUGACUGUCCCUGCUGCUGGUCCUCCAAGAUGUCACUCGUGGGCAGCUAUUACGCGGUGGAACAAACCUCAUCAGCACUGUCUCAUGCUCCAGGAUAUUUAUAUUUUGGAAGGUGGAACAUUUUAUUUUGUUAAAACGAGAAAAAAAAUGAUUUAUUAGAUUCAAAUAAUAAAUACAAUACUUAAAUCCA